GGGGCGGGGCGCUCAGCGUUGUCCGGGUCGGGGGGAUCGUUACUGGGGCCCCGGUGUUUGUGUUGACUUGCGUCCCGGACAGAGUGAAGCGGAAGCUGGCAGCGAGCAACUCAGCUCCCGGCGCGAUGGAGACGGCGCCUCAUCCCGUCAAACUUUACGUCUACGACCUUUCCCGAGGUCUCGCUCGUCACUUCAGCCCCUUGAUGCUCGGAAAACAACUUGAUGGAAUAUGGCACACUGCAAUUGUUGUUAAUGGUGAAGAGUUCUUCUAUGGUUCAGGUGGAAUUGCCAACUGUCAGCCAGGUGGGACAUUACUUGGACCACCUGACUCUGUCAUUGAUCUCGGCACUACAGAAGUGACUGAGGAGUUAAUCAUGGACUAUUUAUCAUCUUUGGGAGAAUCAUCCUUCAGGGGAGAAUGCUACAAACUUUUUGAACAUAACUGCAAUACAUUCAGUAAUGAAGUGGCCCAGUUUCUUACUGGGAAGAAGAUUCCAUCCUAUAUCACAGACCUACCUUCUGAGGUUUUAUCAACUCCCUUUGGGCAGCUCAUUAAGCCAAUCCUAGAGUCUGUUCAGAUCCAGCCAAAUGGAGGAACCAGUAUCAAUGAAAAUAAUCAGAGCUAAUUAAACCAAUUCAAGUGUUGCUCUCUGCGGAAAAUAUGUGAUCACCAGCCUCGCAGAACUAAGCAGUGAUAUCGAAAAAAAUGAAGAUUUCCCUUCACAAGUAUCUUUCAUCAUACUUAACAUAUGUAGAACAGUCAAAAAGUGGUAGAAAAUUUCUUUUCUAAAAUGCUGUUUAAAAUGUGCAUAUACAUACUUUACUGACUUUACAGUGCAAUAUUCCAAUUUCCUUGCUCCUUUGUUAGCUGUCUUUGAAUGAACUGUGUUAAUAGGCAUUUGAAACAUUGCAUUCUUUCUUGCAAUACAAUAAUUUUAUCUGUACCACCACCUGUCCUCUGGAUUAUUCCUGAAACGUACCACCAGCAUGGACAUAUUAGUAUUUAACCACUGUAGUGCCAGUAUGAUUGUCAGUGCGUCAAUCAAUGCAAUGGAUAACUUUCCAGUUAAUGGAUUUAUUUAUUAAAUGUUUUGCAUAUUAGUGAUACAGGGAAGGGUAAUGUAAUUUCAGUCACUGCACUUUCCAUGUUGUAUAAUUGACUUAAUUACUCAUCUCAAAUUGCAGUUUGUACCACACUUGUGAAAUUUGCUCUAGGCUCUCUCAUUCGGGUUCCUUUGUCACUUCCUAUUUCCCCAGUUCAGAAACUUGUCUUGUCCAUUAUUAUAUCUUGUCGAAGGUGGCACAGAUUUUUGAGUGCCUUUUUUACCCUUUUGGUACAUCUUCUUGGCAGUUUUAAGUAUUUGGGUCCCAGUGACAUCCUGGUAAUGCACUGUUCAUAGCACAAUUCCUGUUGGGUUUGGAGCAAAUCUCAGUACUUGGGUUCAACUUAUUUCUUUAUUUAGCUUUGUUAUUUGUUAACUCUCUCUUAUUCCACUAAUCAAGUUUGAAUGUGUAUUGUAUACCGAUAAUAUAUUGGUUGAAGAAUGGAGUCAGGCCAGGUCUCCAAGUUUCAGACUACCUCAUGAUCAUUUAUUGUUCAGUACUACUGUUCCUUCAGUUUGUGCCCAUUGUUUCUGCUGUACAGGACUGCAGGGUGGUUCCCAGUUAAACAAGCAGCCUUUCCUUUCCUUUUCAGCUGGCUACUUGGUACUUGGUGGUUGAUAACACUGGACAACAAUUUUUAUUUUUUUUAAAGCAUUGCUUCCUCAAAACUUUUUAUUAUGAUAGACUGCUUGAAGCAGAACACAAAUAUAAUUUCAGACUACUCGUACCACAUAGGAUUUUGGAGAAACAAGAAAUUAACUUUUAAUGAAUAUAAUGCAUUUAAUUAUAUAACAGUACUAAUGCUUUGCAAUAGUUCAACUAAGCUAAAAAUGUUUUGUUGAUGAUUUUCAUUUUGUGCUCAGUGUCUGAGGUUUCUUGCUUAAGUGUGCAACAAUAAUCAGCCAGUAUUGAUGGAUUCCAGUUGCCCUGAUACUGUUUCUCCAUGACUGCAAUGUCCUGGUGAAACCUUUCACCAUGCUCGUCACUGACAGCGCCAAGAUUUGCAGGGAUGAAAUCAAAAUGGGAAUGCAGUAAAUUAAUCUUUCAUAAUAUGUUGCACUUCAUGGUUUUGUAUGCUUGAAGCAUGUUGUCAACCAGCUGCAUGCAAUUUGGUGCUCUGUAGGUGCCAAGAAAAUUUUCAACAACAUCCUUGAAUGCCUUCCAUGUGAUUUUCUCCGGUCCCACUAGACAUCCUUCAAAUUACCAGUCAUUGAUGACCUGCUUGUUUUAUUGACCAACAAAAAUGCCUCCCUUAAUCUUUGGCAUCAGUUAUUCUGACUUGAUCUAUGACUUGAAAUAACAAAUAUAGGCAAUUUCAAAAAAAAGUUGCGUAAUAGGAAAUUUCAUGGUGAUUUUCAUGAUCAGCAACCCAAAAUCCAUAAGAUACACCUGAAAGUGUUCAGGAAACAAAAUGUUUGUUGUCCAGUGUAAGUAUUGGCAGUUUAACCAUUUGAUUGUAUUUCAUUGAUAGUAAUUCACUUGGAGGCCAGCCUAUUAAGUACAGAGCAGGGAGUUCAUCAUUCCCUGUACUUUUUAAGAACUGUUAAAUUCUUCUUAAGCCCGUCACCCCGAAUGGGGCAUGGGCUGCCCUAGUUCCGGGCCGAAGAUUUAUCAGCCAUGUUGUUUCUAUUUUCACCAUACAAUUUUAUACAUUUCCUAGGUGAAGAUCCUUCCACUCCCUGGGGUGAGGCUUUCAAAGCUUCUGUUGGCAUUUCUGUAACUCUAGGUUUUUUAAUGGGAUGGGUUGCUAGCCUUAUGCCCAGCCCUCCUUUUGCAGCUGGGCUUGGGACCAUCUAUGCCAGAGUUAUCUGUUAAAUAAACAGACCAAAAGCUGUUCCAGUGGUUGAAUUCAAACAGUUUGAGACCAUCAAGAUCGCAGCCUUCAAUAUUUACUCUGAUUUAGACUGUGCUAAUUUGGUGUUGUAGAGAAAUGCAAAGUCUAGGUCAGGGGCGUUCAUUAAUUGCCAAUCUGUAAGCUCAGCCCUUGUGGUGCUAGAGAAAUGUUGCAGGACACAAUGGAACUAUUUCCUAGGUUGUCCACUCUCCAUGUGAAGACCUGUAAAUUGACAUGGAUAAUAAGCAGAAACUGCAGGCUCUGUUGCUAAUCAUGUUACCUCUGCCUUUUUUUUUCCGACUAGAUUAACUUGUUUGAUGACUAAAUGGCAGCAGGCGUUUAGAUAUACAAGACUUUCCUGUGUACUGUGUGAGGGUGGGCAAGCUAUUAUAAAUUGGAAGUGAGAAGACCUGGAGCUAGUCUGUGCUUCCUGUCAAAUGGCUCUGGUCUAAGCAAAAUAUGUACUGGAGCUUGUCAGAUUUAAAAUAAUACUUCCAUGAUUUCUGUGAAAGUAGGUUUUGUCUCCUGGUUUGUAGGUCUGCUCUCAAUAUCCUGAUGGUAUCUGCUAAAUUUCUCAGCUGUAAACCAGACCAGUUUAAAACGCCAGCUAAAACUUGAGCCCACUGCAGUACGGUAGAUAGUAAACCGUUGAGUCUUGUUUCUCACAACGUUGGGGUGUCUGGAACUAAUUGCUUGGCUUAUUAAGGGCAGCGUAAGAAACUCGUGCAUUGCGUGUGAUGGCAAAGCAUUGCUGCAUCGGUGCUGCAUUGUAGGAGUGCGAAAGAAGUUGUUACGGGUUGGAAUCACCUAUAUUAUUGAAUUCCAUGAUUAAUUAUAAAUUAUUUUCUUUUUGCGUCAGUUCAGUUGUUAAAUCUCAUACUACUUCCUCCUUCCAAGCUUUGUUUUCCACACUAAGGGUUACUAAUCGCUGAUGCAAAACAUUUCUGCCUCUAUCAAUACAAAUUCCUCUCUAUAUAACUAUCAACAUAACAGGAUGAUCAGUCCCUUUAGCCAGUGCAAGGAGACAGAUGAUGACAGUUUACCCAUGGGCCCUGCAGUGGAAACUGGUCUGUGACCUUGUUCACUUUGAACUGGGUAAGCGUGAUCUUACACCCUUGGAGAAACCAUGAAAGAAGCAGUUACUUCUAAACUGCAAAUUGCACUUUGAGCUUUUGCCUGUGCAAUGCUUGCAAACCAGGCUGCAGGUGAAAACCAAGAACCUAGUUACUAAUGUUUGUCAGCUGCAGCUUUGGUGUCCUGAAAGAUUGCUUUACCUUGGCCAUCUAGCAGAAAGUUUCAAUGUAAAUCCUAAAGUCUGUGAUGUAAAGUGCCUCCUUCAUUGUCCAUAGCCAUCUCUAGAUCAGCUAUCUGUACAUGGUCCUAUGUGCCAAGAGGGUUUCAAGGGCUCCUACUUAUAGAACAGCAGGUUGAGGGGAGAGGAGGGUAUCUGAGCUUAGCCUAUUGAGGUUUUGUUUUUAUGCUCUGCAGCUUUGCAUAAAGUCAGGAUUUAAAUACUGGUAUUCAUUAUUACUCCCACACUUCCUGACACAGAAAUGGAGGGAUGCUGGAAAUACUCAUUUGGUCAGUUGGCAUCUGUGAAGAGAGGAACACAAGUUAGUGUUUCAGGUUGAUACAGUCAAACAACCACAACUAUCUGGACUAAAUUGGAUUACAAUUUGUAUCCUUACUGUUACGGAUUUUAUCGAAAAUAUUGCCCACUUUUAAUAAAUAUUUGUAUCUAAACAGUGGCCCCAAUUGGUAGAAUUUAGCUCCUGUAAACCAAUGAUUCAAUAUCACUUAAAGUAACAGACUAUAAUGUUUCAAGUCCAUUUAAACUCAAAGACAUGGAAAAUAUAUUCUUAGCAUUUACUAAGAAAAUUUAAUUUGCUGUUCUUGAGAGGCAUUGGCUGGAAGAUGGGGUAAAGCAAAUCCAUUGCCAAGUCGCAGUAUCCAUUCAACUUCAUUUGCUGUCACUACAAAUCCGUAGCAGUUCACCUUGCAAUUGUGCUUUUACAAAGGACUCGUUUUCAGUUGUGUUUAUUUAAUUUUUAAUGUCAGGAUUACUCCUUUAGCUUCUGAUUUGAAAGCAUGGUGAUUUCUCAGUAUCCUAUUACUCAGUUAUGUUACAAAGCUGCUUGCUGCUGGAAAUCUGCCAUUAUUUAUAUUGAUUCUUCCCCAGGCUGUUGGGUUUAGCAGUUCAUUUUGUGCAGAUUACAGUUUGUUAAUUUUUUUGUGUUGUAUUAAUUUCAUCACUGAAUCUGAAUGCCUCUCACUGCAUUGUCUUGGUGGAAAGGAUGGACACUUUCUGACAUUGCUUAUGUUCCUAGUAGCUGGGAGUAGCUCCUGUCUGCUGCUUGUGAAGUGACAUUGGCUGUCAUGUUCACCUGCAACUGUGAGCAUCCAUGAUCCAAGGAACUGAAAGGGACACCUGUCAUUCUGAAAUGCCCUGGAGGGGGUUUGGAGCUGCCUUUCAUAGACAGAAUUAUUGUUAAAUUUGUACCCUAUGCAACUGUUGUAGUGGCACAGUUUCUCCUUUUCUCCUUCCCCCCCCCCCCCCGCCCCCACCACCAACCAACAGAAUGAAAUGGUGAAACGUAGUUGCUGAAUAUCCAAGGUAAAUCUGUGGAGUAAUAUGACUGUAAUUCAGAAACUCUUCAGUCAGGUUCAUGUAGUUGUUAUGCAGUUCACUUCUUGAUUCAGUCUCCUGCGAAUUAACUCGCACUGUAAUGGGCAGGAUCCAUCUUGUCCCGUCUUGCACUGCGAUGGGAGGCUGUAGCUGUGUCCUGGCUUCCUCCUGCAAACCUGGAGGGUUAAACUGUCCACUUACUGCUAGAGACUGCCAUGGGGGCGCAGUGCUAACUUCCUGCAGAGUAGUUUCACCAUUUGCUUGACCCUUCUAGCUCACAGAUAUCUACAGAAAAGGGGGAACGUUACUAGUUUUGGCACAAUACUUGAAGAGAAUGUUGGUUUAGAUCAAGGCCUGUGUGUUUGUCAAUACUGAAACCUAUGAAUGUCUCUUGAACUGCCCUAAGUAGUUCUUUUUCGGCUAUCCAUCGAUUUCGAUGUUGACUGUGUUGAGAGUUUAGUCUCUGCAGGCUUGUUUAUCAUACCAUCCAGAAACUCUACUCCAACACGCCUUGCACAGUGAUAAGACAGACGGUGUCGUGUCCCCACCAUACAGUCCCUCUGAGCUUCCAAAUCUGACGCUAAGUGGUACACAGGAGUGUAACAGACUUAGCGGAUAAGGAAGCUGCCCCGCAGUGACAACUGACCAGUCUGGCGAUGCCAUCCGUUGACCAACACUCUGGUUCCUCCGCGUGCCACCAAGGUGGCUGUACUGUUGACCCUUUCGGAUUCAUCUGCCACAGACACCAUCAGACGCCCUGCUGCCGAUCCUCGUUGGGUGCAGCCUUUGCCCGAAGUGGCAUAACCUACAAAGUAGCAAAGGCAUGCCUUUGACUUAGCUAGCCACGAUCCUACUACUAAAUCUAGUCUAGUAGUAUACCGAUGGAACAUCACCCUCAUGAUUAGGUUACACCUGCCAGUGAACGAAUCUCUGCCGUACUUCACUGAUGUUCAGCCAGUGGCACUCAUACACCCUAACUAGUUAGUUCUCAGUUGAAAGACAAUUGGACCAGUUAAUGCUCUUCUCACCCACAACAUCCACACACUGAGAAUGAAGUAACAAUCAGAUCAAAUAUCUGAAUCUGCACUGAGCUUGCAGUGUUGCUGUACUAUUAGAAUGUGAAAUAAAGUAGGGUGUAAACAGACAACAUUUUAGUCACCUGAACUCUUAAUCUCACAUCCAGGGAACAGUUUUAAUGCUGAAGCUAUGUGGUAAAUGAACAUUAAAAAUGGUGGGUUUCAAUCAGUGUUGAAUGAAAAUUGUGAUUGGCUGAUGAGUUGUUUCCACCUUCAGUUUUGAUACAAAAUAUUGGUCAAAUUCUCAUGGCAUCAUAGAGAUUGAGAAAAGCUGUACUUGUACAAUUGUUCUUUAAUUUGUUGAAAAGAAGCUACUGUAUAUCCAGCUGCCUGAAACGUCCUGAAUGAAUUGUGCUCCAUGUCUUGCCCUGACAGAAUGCUUAUAUGAUCGAUCAUUUGCACAGCAGUGAUUUUAAACGAUGCACAUUCCACAUCACGUUGAACUGCACGUGAUCUGCUUUACCCUUUCUGAAGUUCGUGGCCCUUUCUUCCAGCUACAAUGUUCCUUAUACUUUAGCUUUGCACUCCAACUUGUUUCCUCGGAACCAGGAGAGUUUUAAAUGUCAGUUUGUAAAUUUGUUUUUGCUUCAAAUAAACUGCAUUUGCUGCUCACUGUU